GGUGGCGGGGAGGACCAGAGCGCUGACGGAGUAGGCUGGAUCAAAUCGGACUGUUACAGUGGGUGUGCUGCUUGUUAUUACUUGGCAAAUGCAAAGUCAUCGUGCUACAAUAGGAGUGGGAUGGAGACCUGCAAGAUCGGGCUGCUGCUCAGCCACGCCACCACCCUCAACCUCCACACGGGCAACCUGGUGAACCGGAGCCACCUGAAGAGAAAGUGUCCGUCUUCUCCCAGUGAAGAGCUGCAAGAUUGUAUCCAAGCCACCCUGAAUGAAUGGUCUGCCACAAUUCCCACAGCUUUGGACAAAGGCUUGCCCAGUACUCUGGAAUGUUCUGUUGCCGAAGCUGCCGACAUUAUUGCAUUAGAAGAGAGAGAGGAGCUCAAGGUGUCUGUGAAGCUGUUUCUCAGCCGGUUUGAUGGCUCAUCCAUCAGGGACGCUGUAAAUUUGGCCUGCCAGUCACUGGGUGUAUCGCAGCUGGACUCUGUGAUUAUCGCCCCUCCUCCGUUGGCUGAAGGAGAGAGUCUGUCUGUGGAGCACCUUCAGCCCCUCUGGAGGGAUCUGCAGGCUUUGGUUCAGAGCCAGAAGAUUGCUGCCAUCGGCACAUCCGAUCUGGACAAAGCUCUCCUGGAGCAGCUGUACAGCUGGGCUCAGGUGAAGCCCAGCAGCAAUCAGGUGAAUCUGGCCUCCUGUUGCGUUAUGCCUCCUGACCUGACUGCUUUUGCGAAGGAGUUUAACAUCCAGCUGCUCACCCACAAUGAUCCCAAAGAACUGAUUUCAGCAGCAAGCUUCCAGAAGGCAAUGCAGGACGGUACCCCGGAGGUGCAGACUGCCGCCUGGGAGCUGGCAUGGGUUCUCCGCUACUCUGUUAUUGUUAAAAGCAGAGGCAUCAUCAAGUCCAAGGGCUACCUUGUUCAGGCCCACAGGAACCAGCUGUAACACCUUCAACUGGGAGGUGCUUCCAAAACGAUCUUCUUGUGAGCAGUGAAUCCAACUUGAGUUGAAUUGUCCAUGUCAUCCUCCAUCAUAACGGGCUUUUAAUUUGCACUGUUACCUGUGGUUUAGAGUGUUUGCAAAGACCACUAGCCUCAUAUCGGAGGGCCUCUGACUUUGCCUCCUGCAACUGUGGCUCAAGUAUGCGGACUUCAGCCGUAAACUGCAGAAUUCACUGCUGUUCAGUCUGCACUGAAGUUAAGGUUAUGGUUUGGUUAAGUUCAUUUUACCUGCAGAUAAUUUUGAUUUAAACUCUACUGUAAUGAUCAGUCUAAACCUUAAUUGGUAGCUUCCCUAAAAUGACAAUGAACCUUAAUUGUAAUUUUUAAAUCAAUGGACAGAUUUGAUAAUUGCAAAGAGGUAGGUAAGGGUGGCUUUGAUAACCUUAGCUGUAAAUUUCCUCCAUGAAUUAAGAGAUUAUAAAAUGCACUGUGUCAACAUUAUAGUAAAGGUUUUUUCUGUGUAUAUUCCAAAACUUUAUUCUUGAUAUUUUUUCAAAUAUUUUACACAAAAUGUUGCAUAUGAGAUUUUUAAGCCAUUUUCUUGAAGGUGGGGGGGGGGGGGGGAGUGAGUUAAAUAUUUGUAAUAAAUAUUCCAUUUUUUCCAUUGGUGUCGGUAAAUAUGGUGAGAAUAUGGAUAAAACUCAGCAUGUCCGAUAUAGUUUCAUUUUGGGAUGUUUGUUUCAAGGGUUUUCUGAGAAUGGGACUGAAUUGUUGUGUAUUGACUGGUUGAGGAAUCCCCCACUGUUUACCCAGCACGCAAAUUAGAAAUUGCCUCAGAACCGAAAUAGACUUAUGCUGGUUUUUAUGAUUUGUAUUAAGUAAUGUUUGCGUUAAAAUCACCAAAACAAAUAACUUUGGAGGACCACUUUUAGUUUUUUGGCGUCCUCCAUCAUUAAAAAAAAUGAAAAAUCAUUUUCAGUGCAGUAUAUUUUGGUUGUUCUUGUAUUUUUAAUUAUAAGUAAUUAAAUUGCAUAAUACUUAAGUACUUUUACAGUUCAGAUAUUAAACCUUUUUUGGUUAUCUGUGUACCAAAUGGGUCCAAGUUACCAUCCUGUGAAGAAUAUAUAUAUAUAUACAUGUCUGGCUUUUCUGUAUAUGAUGGAUUUUAUUGUAAUUAAAUGAUUCAUCACAUGUAA